AUGGAUAAAGGGAACGGGCUGUUGCAGGCGGACAUUGGGCCGAGCAGCACGAGCGACGAUGAGACGAUGGGUCCGCGGCGCGGCGGUCGUCUGCUGAGCGGGGGCGGCGGGGGUGUGCCGGCUCCGCCCUACAGCAAGCAGGACAUCCGCGAGCAGUACUGCAUCACCAGCAAGCAGCUGGACGUGCUCGAGCGCCACCGCGCCUCCUCCGGCGGCGACUGGCUGCUCGGCUGCCUCUCCUCCUACCAGGAGGGCACGUGCCGCGCAGUCAAGCGGUCGUCGCUGCUGUCGGUGUGCGUGCGGCGGCGCGCCCCCAGCGACGAGAACCUGCCCGAGCUUUGCCGCCGCCCCUUGCCUAAGAAAAAAAUAGCCCUCCUGUACUGUGCUGUACUGUACGCGCCCGCUGCCGGCCUGCCACCUGUUGCCGUGCGCGCAGGAGCGGCGGCCCAUCCGGCCCGGCGUGAGCUCCGACUCGGAGGCGGACUGCGACGGCCCGGCGGCGCUGCCGCUCCGCCGCCCCCGCCGCCGCCCGCGCAGGCGCACCCCUCCGGGCGGCCGCACAAACACGUCAGCUUCGCGCGCUCGCACACGCUCACCUCGUUCGACGUGGGCAGCUGCAGCCUGGCGCGCUCCAGGGAGCGCCUCGUCGACGGCAAGGAGCGCGCCGCCCUCAGGCCGCAGCCGCCCCCGCAGCCGCCCGCGGACGGGCCCAAGGUGGUCGUGCUCGAGAAGCUGAAGCGCGCGCCUAUGAAGACGCAGGCGACGCAGACGGACGUGUGUCUGGGGAGGAGACCUCAUGUGCCAAACUACCUGUCCCUCAGCCCGCGCACCAUACACAGGGUGCGGAUGGUGUCGCAGUUUGCGCAGACCAACGGCGGUGGCGUGAUGGCCAACGGACGCGGCCGGCUGAUGAAGAGCUUCUCGGAGGCGGGGGGCUGCUUUGCGGACGGCGCGGCAGGCGGCCCAGGGGCGGGGGGCGCGGACGACACGUCGCACGAGCCGCUGCAGCGCACACAGUCCGAGGAGCCGCCGCGCUCUCCCUUCCUCGUCACCACGCCGCGGCAGAUCCUGAUCGACUUCGAGCCGGCGCCGGUGGAGCGUCGGCCGCGGAAGCGCCUGCUGCAGAAGACGCUGUCGGAGGGUGAGAUGCUGCGCGUGGGCGUAGGCCCGGUGGGCGGCGGUGGGGGCGGCACGGGCGCCACGCCCCCCGCCAGGCUGCCCCCCGACGAGCCGCUGGAGAAGCAGAAGCGCGCCUUUGCCUCCACGCCUGCCGGCCUGUCGGCGGCGGCGGACGAGGACGAGUUCCACGAGAACCUCAUCUUCCGCGGGCUGUUCCGCAAGCGGUCCGUGUCGCUGGAGGACGCGGGGCCGGCGUCGCUGGGACCCCUCGACAGCCCCGCCGCCGGGGAGUUCCACUCGCGAUCCUCGCCGUCCGCCUCCUGCGACUCGUUGGCCGGCGAGCUGCGCACCGACCACAGCGACGGCAUCUGGAACGAGUCGCAGGCCACGGUACUGCAAGCUGGCGAGGGCGGCGGCAUGGGCCUGGACACAGAGUGUGGGGCGGCGCCGGGCAGCCCCGGCAGCUUGGCGAUGACGCCGUCUUCCCGGCGGAAGCACCUGCUGCUGCUGCAGCACCAGCAGCGCUCCUCCAUGGACACCGACGCGCUCGACGAGGAGCUCGACCUCUCCGAUGUCACCCAGCCGCAGCAGCCCCUGUCUCCACGGAUUUGCAUCGACGCUCCGGUACAGCAAGCUAACAGUGUGCCCAGUACCUGCAACGAAAGGCUGGAGCGCUACUCUCAGGACUCGGCGGGUCUGUCGCCCCGCCGCAGCCGCAGCCCUCUGGGGCACCGCACUUCAGAGGCCUCCGCCGCCUCCUCUCUGGAGUCCUGCGACCGCUUCUCCAGGAACGGCACAGGGACCGGCAACACUACGAUGACGAACACGACGACGACGACGACGAGCUCGGAGCUGGCCCGCACCGACUCGGGCCGCACCAACACGGACCUGUCGGAGACGAGCGAGGACUACGUGACGGCGGACGGCAACUCGCACACCGACACGGCGGGCUACGUCGCGUGGCCGGUGGGCACGCCCGUGUCCGCCGCCGGCGGCGUGGGGGCGGCGGGGGCGGGCGCGGGCCGGCGUGGCGAGGGCGACGGCAGCUCGUUCGAGAGCGGCUCCUCGCUGUACAGCGUGCCCGCCGCCGCCGAGGAGACCUCCUCCGAGCUGCAGACGACCACGACGCCCACGCCGCUGGUCGACAGCGAGGACAACGGCGAUGCGGACGCGACGCGCGCCGGCUCGUCGACGCCGCGCGUCUCCGUCGACAUGGGCUACGGGGCGCUGCGCCUCAUGGCCAACAGCCCCAGCGACGAGAGCAGCAGCUCCUCCGGCAGCUACAGCGUAGAGGGCAGCCGUGACGAUCUGGACAAGAUGCUGGACCAGCACCCACUGUCGCCCGUUCAGAACCACAACAGUAGCAACCACUCCAACCAUUCCAACCACGCCGGCGACGACCACGAGGAGGUGGAGGCACGAGCGGUGGCUGGGGUUCUCCUUAUUGCUUCGCACUGUGCUUUGCCUUGUCCAAAAUCUGUGAUUCGUAACCAGCUCUCCUUGGCUUCUCUUCUCUUCGCUAAUGCCUGGCGGACUUCAAAGAAUGUAAAAUGUUCAGAGGUGCUCGAGAGGCGAGAAUGGACCGAGGAGGAGCGCCGACGCCGCAAGAAGACCUUUCGGCUGGACUUCUCGCCUUUGAGCGCCGGCCCGCACACCGACUGGGACUCCCCGCCGUCCACAGGCUCUCGCACAACGCCAGAUGGCUGGCGGCGCGGCGGCACGCCGCCCGGAGCUCCGACACAACCACCCUCCGCUACUUCCACGGCUCCUCGAAGAUCCAAGGUCGCCCAGGCGCAUCGCCGACAGGCGAAGAAGUGCCUGGCGGCGGGCAUGGUGCGCAGCCCCGCCAUGCACGAGGGCUUCCGCGCGGACGACUGGGCGGCGCCGCUGCAGCGCUCCACGCCAGGCCACAGCCCGCCGGAAGGGGCGGCGCCGGGGGGCGGCAAUGGCGGCGGAGCGGGGGCCGCAGUGGCCGGCGGCGGUACGUCGGACGAGAGCAGCGGCAGGCAGGAGGCGGCGGGGGCGGGACCGGCAGCGGGGGUGGUGGCGGGGGCGACGCCCUCAGGCAGCUCGCCGCGCCGCGUGCGCCGCAUCCGCGAGCGCAAGGCGGGCGGCCGCAGCCCCACGCAGGCCAGCUCCCGGCUCAGCCCGCUGCGGUACACGCGCAGCCCGGCCGGCAGCCCGUCGAGGCGGCGGCGCUCCAAAGGCUCCCCCAGCAGGAACGCGGCGGCUGCCGCAGGGGCCGACGCCAAGGGCGUGGCCAGCCCCGAGGCGCAGCGGCUGAAGGCGCUGAGCGCGGAGUCUCUGCGCUCGGUGAGCCCGGGCAGUGACAGCGUCUUCUACUCGGAGGCGGGCGAGCUGAGCAGCAACACCAUGACCGCGGCCACCGACACCGCCGCCGGCGUCGUCUGCCACCACUGCGGCCGCGAGGUCGCCGUCCUCUCCGGGCCCGAGGAGCUGGAGAGCACGGCGGCGGACGGCCCGUCGCCGGACAUCGUGCAGCCGCCGGCGGGCUUCGCAGACUCCCCGGAGGGCCCCCGCCAGCAGGCGCAGCAGCAGCAGCAGCAGCAGCCGCGGCUCUACAAGAAGGCGGACCGCCGCUUCCGGUCGGAGGAGCGCCACGGCGAACGACGGCACGCGCACUCCACCGGCCGCUACCGCUGCGACGGCGCGCGGGCCAAGUCCGAGGAGCGGGGGCGCGGCCGCGAGGACCGCGUGCGCCUCAGGCCCCUGGCGCGCUCCACGGACGCCAGCAUGGAGACGCUGCGCGCCGGUGACGCGCCGGCGGCUGCGGAGGACGCGGGACCGCCCGACGGUGCGCCCGCAGCGCCGCCGGCCGAGGGCGACGAGGACGCGGGUGUGUAUGCGGAAACGUACAAGAAAGCAACGUGGAUCUACAUUGGCGAAACUGAAGAGGUGCACGUGUGGCAGAAACCGGAAUCCAAGUCGCAGGACAAAGACGACAAGGCCAGUGACGGGACGAGCGAACGCCGGGACUCGCUCGAGUCGACCAUCUCUGAGCGGGACUUCCGCCGCAAGUACCAGGCCAUCACGCACCGCAUGGUGCACAGGAAGGCCACCGUCGAGAUGUACCGACGCCUCGCCAACGACUCCUUCGCCGACCCUGCGCCAGCGGGGCGGACGUCCCUGCGCCGCAACCUGGAGGAGCUGCUCAAGACGAUGCUGCGGGUGUGGGCCAAGCAGGUGGUCGCCGUCUCCGUCACGGGGGGCCGACCGUGCGACUGCGACAAGACGGUGGUGGUGCGGCGGCAGUCUGGGGAGUUCGGCUUCCGCAUCCACGGCUCCAAGCCGGUGGUGGUGUCCGCCAUCGAGCCCGACACGCCUGCCGAGUCGUCGGGGCUGGAGGUGGGCGACAUCGUCAUCACCGUCAACGGCCACGACGUGCUCGACGCCUCGCACUCAGAGGUCGUCAAGCUGGCGCACGCAGCUGGCUCCGAGACGCUGAAGCUGGGCGUGGCCCGCACGGCCAACGUGCUGACGCCGGUGCUGCGGGAGCCCGGCGCGGGCAAGGCGCUCUACUCGGGCUUCCUGUGGCGGCUGGGCGGCGCGGGCGGCACCACCUGGGUGCGACGCUGGUUCUCCCUCAAGCGCGACAACUGCCUCUACUACUACAAGACUGACGCGGAGAGCCUGCCGCUGGGCGCGCUCAUGCUGCACCGGUACGCGGCGUCGCGGUGCGAGGCGGCCGGCCGGCAGCACUGCCUGCAGCUGGCGCGCAAGGCCGGCCUGGGGCUCACGCUCGCCGCAGACUCGGAGGAGGCGCUCACGCGCUGGCUCGCCGUCCUCUCGCACGCCAUCGAGCGCAACAACCACGCGGACGAGUGGCUGGAGGCGACGCAGCGAGCCCUGCGGCUGCCCGCCAGCAGCGUGCUGCAGCCCGACUGCGCCGGCUACCUCACGCAGAUAGGGCCCAAGUGGCGGCGCCGCUUCUGCGUGCUCAAGGACGCCUGUCUCUACUUCUACCAGGACAGCACCGCGGACUCCGCCAUCGGGAUGGCAUGCCUGCACGGCUACCGGGUGCAGAACUGCGGUACGGGUGAGAAGCGCUUGUCCUUCGAGGUCCUGCCGCCCGAUGCUCGCCAGCGACACUUUUACUUCCAUGCAGAAUCGGAGCUCGACAAAAAGAAGUGGUUGGCGGCCCUGGAGUACUCGAUCGACCGGUGGAUCCGCGUGGGCUGACGGCGGUGCCACGCGUGCCGGCGGCGCGCCCGCUCCCGCUCGCGCUCGCGGCUGCUGUCCGAGGCGGCGCUCGCGGACGCAGAGG